AUGAUUCUUCUCCUUAUCCUGCGCACCCCUUCUGCUACUUUGUUCAAUAGAGACAAAAUCCACACACCAAAAAAUGAGUUACACCCCCAUCUGCUACCAAUUUCACCAUUCUCAUCCUCCAAGGUUGAACCAUAAUUGCAAAUCCAACCAAGAGCCACCAUGUCAUCAAGUGGAACCAUUUGGAGCUAUGAUGAAGAAAAAGCAUUUGAGAAUGCCAUAGCUAUGCAUUGGAUUGAGGAAUCCUCAAAAGAGCAAUGGGAGAAAAUUGCUUCAGCAGUUCCCAGCAAAAGCAUGGAAGAAGUGAAGCAACAUUACCAGGUUCUUGUAGAGGAUGUAAGUGCAAUAGAGGCAGGUCACAUAUCAUUCCCAAACUAUGCUUCUGAUGAAACCACAUCUUCAAAUAAGGACUUUCAUGGCUCUUCCAAGGCGACAAGCUCAGAUAAAAGAUCAAAUUGUAAUUAUGGAAGUGGUUUUUCUGGGUUAGGACUUGACUCCACCACUCAUAGUAGUGGUAAAGGAGGCUUGUCAAGGUCAUCAGAACAAGAAAGAAGAAAAGGAAUUCCAUGGACUGAGGAGGAGCACAGGUUAUUUUUACUUGGUCUAGACAAGUUUGGAAAAGGAGAUUGGAGAAGCAUUUCAAGGAACUUUGUGAUAUCUAGGACUCCCACUCAAGUGGCAAGCCAUGCACAAAAGUACUUCAUAAGGUUGAAUUCUAUGAAUAGAGACAGGAGGAGGUCUAGUAUUCAUGAUAUCACUAGUGUGAACAAUGGAGAUGUAGCUAGUAGCCAAGCACCAAUUACAGGGCUGCAUAGUAGCACAAUUUCUUCAAACACAAUGGGUGUAGGACAAUCCCUUAAGCAUAGAGUUCAGGGUCACAUACCACCUGGUUUAGGCAUGUAUGGAACACCAGUUGGGCAUCCUGUGGCUGCUCCUCCAGGGCACAUGGCAUCUGCAGUUGGCACUCCUGUCAUGCUUCCUCCUGGACCCCACCCCCAUCCCCAUCCCCAUCACCAUGCCCAUCCUCAUCCACCUUAUGUUCUUCCUCUUGCUUACCCAAUGGCACCUCCAACAAUGCAUCAAUAAUAACAACCCCUUUUUUUUCUUGUUUGUAGUUAGGCUUCUUUUUUUCUUUCUUUCUUUCUUAUUAGUAUGGAAUUAAAGUCCUUUAUGUGGAAAGUCAUAAAUAUGUUUGUGUUAAAUUAAAUUCUACUCUAGUUUAAGCAUGGAAAUUGUUGAAUGAAUCCAAUGGGUACUUAGUUUAAAUAUGUCAGUAUAUAGAGUUAGUUGAUUUUGCCACUUUCCCAGUCAGGUAGUGGAUGUAAUCCUAAGAAUUGCCUUGUGGUGUAUAUGGAGAUAGAUAUGGAGUUAAAUACCAAGGACUUGAAGCAAAUGAAUUUCUCUUUAGCAUUAAGUUUGUCAA